AGUUUCAAAUUCCAUUUCCCCUCAAAUUUUUAUUUUUUUUUACUUCGAUUAACAGUAGCAACAAGAACACUCGAAGUCUCGAAGUCUCGAACCCUAACUCUAGAUUCGCUUAAGAAAAAACUCUCGAUUCACCCAGAACAAUUUACAAGUUACAACUUUCUCUCUCGAAAUUCAUCUCCACCCUUCAUUCCCAAAAAUUAUACGAAUUAGCCCACAUUCUGAAUUUCCACCAUUAAUCAAAUGACUUACUCAAAAUGAAUUUGAGGAGCCGAGAAGACGAGUGAAAAAGGAUUUUCGGCAAAUUUUAACUUUAUUCGGCGACACCGGAACUCUGGAUCUUCAAAAAAAUGUCUGCAGAGCGAAUUGGGAUUGGGGAUGUGUUCAACAAGUUGGCGAAGCAGUUGGGCAAUCCUGUAGAGUUUGAACUUCCAGAUUGGUCAAAUAAAUGGCAGUCUGCUCCAUAUAUUUUUAUAAAGCGCAGUAUCCAUCAAAUGAUUUAUUCAUGCAAUUUUAUCCAUGACUUUGCAUAAGCGAAAAUAUGUAGAAGAGCUUGUAAUCCGAUUCUUAUACUUCUAGAAGGGAUAUGUACUGCACUUAUCGUCUGCCUUUUAAAACUUUUAUAUGUUUCUAAGCAAUCUUUGCAAAAGAUAAAUUAUAGUUUCUGGGCCGUAGUUGUCUAGAUUUGAAGGAUGACUAUAAAUAAUUUAUGUUUGUCUAAGUUUACUUCUAUUCAGCCGCUGUUUUUCUCUGCCAUCCACAUAUCUUCUUUUUGUUUUGCAAGCAUUGCAUCCUUUAUUUUCCUCUUGUUUAUCUUGAAAAAACUAGACAUAUAUGUCACUAAGAAGCCAAAGAGGCGCCAUGAGGAUGAUGGCAUCUUUUGCUCAUGCGGUCAAUCUCCAGGAUCUAGUUCUUCCUGUGGUAGAGACUGCCAUUGUGGGAUGCUACUCUCCACCUGCUCCUCAAACUGUAAAUGCGGAAGUGACUGUAUUAACAAACCAUUUCAGCAGCGCCCUGUUAAAAAGAUGAAACUAGUGCAGACUGAGAAAUGCGGAUCAGGCAUUGUGGCUGAUGAAGAUAUUAAGCAAGGGGAAUUUGUUAUAGAAUAUGUAGGAGAAGUAAUUGACGAUAAAUUGUGUGAAGAUAGGUUAUGGAAAAUGAAGCACGUUGGUCAAACAAAUUUUUAUCUCUGUGAGAUUAAUCGGGAUAUGGUUAUUGAUGCCACAACCUGGGGGAAUAAAUCAAGAUACAUUAACCACAGUUGCUGUCCUAACACAGAGAUGCAGAAAUGGAGUGUAGAUGGAGAAACAAGAAUUGGUAUAUUUGCUACACGGGACAUCAAAAAGGGCGAGCAUCUGACAUAUGAUUAUCAGUUUGUUCAAUUUGGUGCAGAUCAAGAUUGCCAUUGUGGUGCUGCUGGGUGUAGACGUAAACUUGGUGUCAAACCUAACAAGAAGAUACCUUCAUCCGAUGUCGCAUUGAAACUAGUUGCACGCCAGGUAGCAGCAUCAUCUCCCAAAGUGAAAGCAAUAUUAUUGGGAAAAAAUGUUUAUCAGAAUGGAAAUUUUCAUGGAGGGGUAGCCGCAAAUCAAAGAAGGGACUCCAAUAAUUGCAUAGGUGAAAUUGUCAGGAUUCCCCGCCCUGAUUAUAGGAGGUCUUUUGGUAUAAUAAAGCGGUUUGAUGAUAUUACAAAGAAGCACUUGAUCAUGUUUGAAGACGGAAGUGCUGAAUUCAUCGACAUGUCGAAAGAAGAUUGGGAACUUUGUACCUUCUUAUUGUAGUUCAGGUGAAUUCUGAGCUAAUAUGCAUACUGUUCCUAGAACCCUGAUAGACAGAUGUUUGAAAGCUGAAGCUCAUAUAGGAAGAAACCUUGGUUCUGUCAGUGAAAACUGGGCCAGUGCAGAUGCUGAAUCAAAACAAGACUUUUAAUGCUUGAGGCAUACAAAUUUCUUGACACACUCAUUAGUUCCAUAAGUGAUGAGCUAUUAAAUUUGUACAGUAUUCUUUGAAGAGUUUGAGUAUCAGGCAGCAGAUGACUCUGUCAUCUAGACACAACUCAUCUGAUUGCAGAAAGCCUUUUUCAUCUUUUUUGAAGUAAUCUUUCAAUUCGGGUACAUCCUCAAUGUUGCUAAAAAGAUUGCUCGAUGUGUUAGGGCUUAAGGUGCGCACAUCUGUUCGUGGAGUUUUUUUCACGAAUUUGAAACUUUCCAUGAUAUUCUUGGUAAAGUAGGUUUGAAUCAGGAGAUAGCUCAUGCCAUCUAGAGUUAGCUUGCUCUUCUAAUUGUUGAAGGCAUUCGUACAUGCAUUGAAGAUAAACUUUCUAAUUAGUAGAACAAUUUUUGUGAUCUUUUUUCUUUUUCUGAUUUUUACAUGUUUCUUUGUCAUGUUCACAAGUUCUCUUAGAACUUAUGAGUGAGCCUUUGUGGGUCAGUGGCGUGUAGAACUGAACUUGAGGCGGUGAGGGUGUGGACCAAAGAUGUAAUGGUGCAUUAUGGAAUAUGGAAUAUGAGAGAGUAUGUCACGGACAGAUCGUUGUUGUAUGUUUUUGGCAUAUUGGAAAUGGUAUGUGGCGUUUGGUUAUAAUAAGUAGGUUGUAUGUAGAAAAAAGAGUAGGUGUUAAUAGAUCUCAAUCUACUGUUAGGUUUGUGUUUCUAUACAUGGUAGAUUGUAAGAGUAGAUUGGCAUAAAUCUAAUUUGUGCUCUUAAGGAAGAGAUUGAAAGACUAUCUUAACAUCCUUUAAGAUCCAUCCAUGUCCUGUACAGUUGCUGUCUGACAGAUUUUUAGAAACUUCAUUUGGGUUCAAAAUUGUUGCAUUUACACAAUCUCU